CUGUUCUGACUUCCCAGCCUGGAAAAGAGGUGGUCAAACAAUUGGAGGAAGGAUUGAAAGAUACAGACCUAGUCAGGGUCAGGAGACUUCAGGUGGUUGAGAUCACAAAGGGAGUCCUGGAGUAUAUGGACUCAGUGUCCCUGGCUGAAGAGCCUAGCAGUGAUGAGAGUUCUAUCCUGGGAACUGACAUUGACCUUCAGACUAUAGACAAUGAUGUUGUCAGCAUGGAGAUUUUCUUCAAAGCCUGGCUACAUAACAGUGGAACAGACCAAGAGCAUAUCCAUCUUCUUCUUCCUUCACGAUGUUUCAGCAACAUUUCCAGAGCCAGAGAUGAUUCAAUGUGCCUGAAAUGUGAUCUCCAAGAGCGACUCCUCAGCCCGUCCCUUCUCCCUGGCACAGCUGAUGGCUCCUUGAGAAUGGAUGACCCCAAAGGAGACUUCAGCACACUCUACCAGAUGGCCUCCCAGUCGUCAGCCUCUCGUUACAAGCUCCGGGUGAUAAAGGCUCUAAAUUCCAAUGGGAUCUGCGAGUCAUUGACAUAUGGACUGCCCUUCAUCCUCAGACCCACAAGCUGUUGGCAGCUGGACUGGGAUGAGCUGGAGACAAAUCAGCAGCACUUCCAUGCCUUGUGUCACAGCCUGCUGACAUGUGGUCCUGUCUUUUGGUGCACCUGGUAA